AUAUCUUUUUCUCCUUCUUCUUCUUCUUCUGCGAGGGUUCGGUACCAGGAGGCGGCUUUGGUUUGUCGAUUGCGUUCGUCAGAGCAAAAACUAGGGUACGUGGUAAUUGUUUCGAUUCGUUUCUGAUUUGAUUUCAAUUGGGUAUCCCCCGAAUUAUCAGUUUCUCCUUCCAAUUUAUCGAAACUUUGUUUCUUUGAUCCGUUCUGUAUUGGGUAUCUGUUUUUUUGUCGUUUCGUACAAACCCUAGGUUAGUCGAAUAAAAAACCCCAAAAAAAGUUAAAUUCUUUGAUUCUUAUCUCUGUAGAUAAAUAGGUUACGGCGUUGGUUUUUUCGUUUCCAUUCCAGCUGAUUUUAGGUUAUUUGCAAGAGACUCUGUGAAAUUUUUGGGCGUCGUUUUAGUUUGCCAUCAGAAAUUGAGGGUUUUCUUGUUAGAUCUUCCUUCCCCUUGUUACAUAUUUUUCUAUUUUUUCCCACACUUACUUGGUUAAUCGAAAAAAAAAAAAAAGAGAGAGAAAAAGGGUUCAAAAAUCUAGGGUUUGUGUAUAGACUUAUGUAGAGAGAAAUUUGGUCGGGGUGUAUAUUCAAUGGCUUUGAAUUUUUCCCAUCGACCAAUCUUUCCGGGGCAUCUGUCUGAGGACAAUUUGGUUUCUCCAAUGAGGAUUGCCAAUGGGUACCUUGUGGAUGGUAUACCUGAGCGGAAUGGAGAUGGUUUCGGUAGGCCUUGGCAUUCAAACCGGGAAGUGGAUGAUUGCUUUGAUUAUGGAAGAGAUAGAUGUGAUAGGGGUUGCUCACAGGAUCCAGUUUCGAAUGACAUUCUUGAUCUAUUGCCUUCGGACCCUUUUGGCAUGGAUAUAAGUACCACGUUUACAGCUAUCACGGGCUGGCUUGAGGAUUUGGAAGUGGACUAUGGUGGUUACAGAAGGGAUGAGGUGGGGACAAGUAACGAUAACUAUGAACUUUUCGCGGGAUUGAAUUUUAUCUGGAAUAAUGCUAUGAGGUUCCAGGCAUUCCCUGGGAAAAUUGGGGUCGAUCACAAGGCUAAUGUGGCAAGUGGAUUCGGUGGGUGCUCAAAAGAGAAGGGAGUUGGUGAUGCGCCGUUACACAGCGAUUUUGGAUCAGCAUGUCCAGUCGCUGACGUUCUGAAUUUGGGCAAUGGAAGUUGUGGUUUUUCCAAUCAGCAAAAUGUAGAAGUCCAGCAUGACUAUGGGAUUUGUGCUGGCAGUGAUGGAGGAGCUCCUCAUGGGGCGAUGAUGUUUGCCCUUGGUUAUCUGGGGGUGCAGGAUCUUCUUCAUGUAGAAGGUACUUGCAGAUCUCUCCAUUCUACAGUUCGCGGUGACCCCCUUUUGUGGAGAAAUAUUCACAUAGAUCAACCGCUGAAUGAGAAGAUUACCGAUGAUGUUCUCUUGAAAUUAACCGAUCGGGCUCAAGGAAAUCUGCAGAGCUUGAGCCUAGUGGAGUGCCCAAGGAUCACUGAUGAUGGUCUGAAGCGUGUGCUUGAAAGUAAUCCCAGGCUAACCAAGUUGAGCGUGCCUGGAUGUACUAGACUCAGUAUUGAGGGCAUCGUGAAUAGCUUAAAGUCUUUCAAUUCUAAGGGUGCACAAGGUGUGAGGCAUUUACGAAUUGGUGGACUAUAUGGUGUGACACAGAAGCAUUUUGAAGAAUUGAAGUUCUUGUUGCGAACUGACGGUCAGAUGCAGCCUAAUCCACGCAAGCCACACUUUUAUCACAGAGGGAACUUUUACCUGCCCUCUGAUGAUGAUAGCGACAUUGAUAUUGAAAUGUGCCCUAGAUGCCAGAACCUGAGGCUUGUCUAUGAUUGCCCUGCCGAGGCUUGUCAAAGGAAAGAACAUCCAACUCAGGUAUGCAGGGCCUGCACACUUUGCAUAGGGAGGUGUAUUCAGUGUGGUCGGUGCGUUAAUGAUUGUGAAUAUGAGGAAACAUUUUGUUUGGAGUUGCUUUGCUCAGAUUGUUGGAAGCAGCUACUUGAGUCUCAAGAGACACAGGAUGGAAUAUACGGUCCAUCCAAACCUUUUGUUCUCCAUGAACGGAAUGAUACCUUUGGUCGGCAUGGCUAGGCUCUGUUGGUCCUGUUGAUCUGCUGGUUUCGUAUUAUGGAUGAGUAAAUUACAAGGGGUUACUAAGGUAUCCAAUCAGUUUAAGAUUAUGGUUCCUUUGUUGCAUACCGCUUGGUCAGCUGGCUUUGUUGGGUUUAGUCUAUUGGUUGACUUCAGCUUUGGCGGUUUGUAUCUCAUCUGGGGCUCCGAGCCCACUGCUAGUAUGUCGUGAUGAAUAGAAAAAAAAA